CGCCCCCAGGUGCCUGGACUUCAGCGCCGGCGGGGCAGGCCGUGCUCGGCAGGAGGGGCGGGUGCCGCGUGCGUCCGAGGACCCGGCCAGACGGCUUGCGCCCGCUCAGGAUGAAGACGCGCUGGACGACCCCUCGCCGCGUGGUGGGGCCCCUCAUACUGCUCCUCUGUUGCUUCGAGCUCGCAGAGCCCUCUGGCCACGCAGGUAAUGACCCCUUCACCAUCGUCCAUCAAAACACAGGCAAGUGCAUCAAGCCACUGAAUAGCUGGAUAGUAGCAAAAGACUGUGAUGAAACUGGGGACAUGUUAUGGAAGUGGGUGUCCCAGCAUCGGCUCUUUCAUUUGAAAUCCCAGAAGUGCCUUGGCCUAGAUAUUACCAAACCAGUGGAUUCCUUGCGAAUGUUCAGCUGUGACUCCAGUGCCAUGCUGUGGUGGAAAUGUGAGCACCACUCUCUGUACGGUGCUGCCCAGUAUCGGCUGGCUCUCAAGAAUGGACAUGGCACGGCAAUCUGGAAUGCAUCUGAUGUCUGGAAGAAAGGAGGCUCAGAGGAAAGCCUUUGUGAUCAGCCUUAUCAUGAGAUCUAUACCAAAGAUGGGAACUCCUAUGGGAGACCUUGUGAAUUUCCAUUCUUAAUUGAUGGGACCUGGCAUCAUGAAUGCAUCCUUGAUGAAGAUCAUAGUGGGCCAUGGUGUGCCACCACCUCCAAUUAUGAAUAUGACCGAAAGUGGGGCAUCUGCUUAAAGCCUGAAAAUGGUUGUGAAGAUAAUUGGGAAAAGAAUGAACAGUUUGGAAGUUGCUACCAAUUUAAUACUCAGGCAGCUCUUUCUUGGAAAGAAGCUUAUGUUUCAUGUCAGAAUCAAGGAGCUGAUUUACUGAGCAUCAACAGUGCUGCUGAAUUAACUUACCUUAAAGAAAAAGAAGGCAUUGCUAGAAUUUUCUGGAUUGGUUUAAAUCAACUGUACUCUGCUAGAGGCUGGGAAUGGUCAGACCACAAACCAUUAAACUUUCUCAACUGGGACCCAGACAGGCCCAGUGCACCUACCAUAGGUGGGUCCAGCUGUGCAAGAAUGGAUGCCGAGUCUGGUCUGUGGCAGAGCUUUUCCUGUGAAGCUCAACUGCCCUAUGUCUGCAGGAAACCAUUAAAUAAUACAGUGGAGUUAACAGAUGUCUGGACAUACUCAGAUACCCGCUGUGAUGCAGGCUGGCUGCCAAAUAAUGGAUUUUGCUAUCUGCUGGUAAAUGAAAGUAAUUCCUGGGAUAAGGCACAUACAAAAUGCAAAGCCUUCAGUAGUGACUUAAUCAGCAUUCAUUCUCUAGCAGAUGUGGAGGUGGUUGUCACAAAACUCCAUAAUGAGGAUGCCAAAGAAGACAUAUGGACAGGCCUCAAGAACAUAAACAUACCAACUUUAUUUCAGUGGUCAGAUGGUACUGAAGUUACUCUCACAUUUUGGGAUGAGAAUGAGCCAAAUAUUCCCUACAAUAAGACGCCCAGCUGUGUUUCCUACUUAGGAGAGCUAGGUCAGUGGAAAGUCCAAUCAUGUGAGGAGAAACUAAAAUAUGUAUGUAAGAAAAUGGGAGAAAAACUGAAUGACACAAAUUCUGAUAAGACGUGUCCUCCAGAUGAGGGCUGGAAGAGACAUGGAGAAACCUGUUACAAGAUUUACAAGGAUGAGGUCCCUUUUGGAACAAACUGUAAUCUGACUAUCACCAGCAGAUUUGAGCAAGAAUACCUAAAUGAUUUGAUGAAAAAGUAUGAUAAAUCUCGAAGAAAAUACUUCUGGACUGGCCUGAGAGAUGUAGAUUCUCGUGGACAGUAUAAUUGGGCAACUGUUGGUGGAAGAAAGCAGACUGUAACCUUUUCCAACUGGAAUUUUCUUGAGCCAGCUUCCCCAGGUGGCUGUGUGGCUAUGUCUACUGGAAAGUCUCUUGGAAAAUGGGAGGUAAAAGACUGCAGAAGCUUCAGAGCACUUUCAAUUUGCAAGAAAAUAAGUGGACCCCUUGAGCCUGAAGAAGCAGCCCCUAAGCCUGAUGAACCCUGUCCUGAAGGCUGGCAGAGUUUGCCCUCAAGCCUUUCUUGUUAUAAGGUAUUCCAUACAGAAAGAAUUGUGAGAAAGAGGAACUGGGAAGAAGCUGAACGAUUCUGCCAAGCCCUUGGAGCACACCUUUCUAGCUUCAGCCAUGCGGAUGAACUAAAGGAUUUUCUUCACUUUUUGAUGGACCAGUUCAGUGGCCAGCACUGGCUGUGGAUUGGUUUGAAUAAAAGGAGCCCAGAUUUACAAGGAUCCUGGCAAUGGAGUGAUCGUACACCUGUGUCUACUGUUAUCAUGCCAAAUGAGUUUCAGCAGGAUUAUGACAUCAGAGACUGUGCUGCUGUGAAGGUCAUUCAUAGGCCAUGGCGAAGAGGUUGGCAUUUCUUUGAUGACAGAGAAUUUAUUUAUUUGAGGCCUUUUGCUUGUGAUACAAAACUUGAAUGGGUGUGCCAAAUUCCAAAAGGCCACACUCCAAAAACACCAGACUGGUACAAUCCAGAGCGUGCUGGGAUUCAUGGACCUCCACUUAUAAUUGAAGGAAGUGAAUAUUGGUUUGUUGCUGAUGUUCACCUAAACUAUGAAGAAGCUGUCCUAUACUGUGCCAGCAAUCACAGCUUUCUUGCUACUGUAACAUCUUUUGCAGGACUAAGAGCCAUCAGAAACAAAAUAGCAAAUAUAUCUGGUGCUGAACAGAAGUGGUGGAUGAGAACUAGCGAGGAGCCAAUAGAUCAUUAUUUUUCAUACUCACGACAUCCAUGGCACCGCUUUCAUGUGACAUUUGGAGAGGAAUGCUUGUACAUAUCUCCCAAAACUUGGCUUAUGGACUUAGGUAAACCAGUAGACUGUAGUACCAAGUUGCCCUUCAUCUGUGAAAAAUAUAAUGUUUCUUCAUUAGAGAAAUACAGCCCAGAUUCUGCAGCUAAAGUGCAAUGUUCUGAGCAUUGGAUUCCUUUUCAGAAUAAGGUAAAAAGAGAAUUGCUACAUUGUGCAAAAAUGAUUGCUUCCAUGCUGGUUGUAUGGCCUAUGACAGAAUGGCAGCCCCUUAGUGUGACAACAUCACUGUUUUUCGAUGAAGAGUCCCGCUACCACUGUGCCCUAAUACUCAACCUCCAAAAAUCACCUUUUACUGGGACGUGGAAUUUUACAUCCUGCAGUGAACGCCACUUUGUGUCUCUCUGUCAGAAAUAUUCAGAAGUUAAAGGCAGACCGACCUUGCAGAAUGUUUCAGAAACUGUAAAGUAUCUAAAUAAUCUGUACAAAAUAAUCCCGAAGACUCUGACUUGGCACAAUGCUCAAAGGGAGUGUCUGAAAAAUAACAUGCAACUGGUGAGCAUCACGGACCCUUACCAGCAGGCAUUCCUCAGUGUGCAGGCACUCCUUCAAAACUCUUCCUUAUGGAUCGGACUCUCCAGUCAAGACGAUGAACUCAACUUUGGUUGGUCAGAUGGGAAACGUCUUCAUUUUAGUCGCUGGGCUGAAACUAAUGGGCAACUUGAAGACUGUGUAAUAUUAGACACUGAUGGAUUCUGGAAAACAGUUGAUUGUGAUGGCAAUCAACCAGGUGCUAUUUGCUACUAUUCAGGAAAUGAGACUGAAAAAGAAGUCAAACCAGUUGACAGUGUUAAAUGUCCAUCUCCAGUUCUAAAUACUCCAUGGAUACCAUUUCAGAACUGUUGUUACAAUUUCAUGAUAACAAAAAAUAGACAUAUGGCAACAACACAGGAUGAAGUUCAGUCUAAAUGCCAGACAUUGCAUCCAAAAGCACAUAUUCUGAGUAUUCGAGAUGAAAAGGAGAAUAACUUUGUUCUUGAGCAACUUCUAUACUUCAAUUAUAUGGCUUCUUGGGUCAUAUUAGGAAUCACUUAUGAAAAUAAUUCUCUUAUGUGGUUUGAUAAGACCGCACUGUCAUAUACACACUGGAGAGCAGGAAGACCAACUAUAAAAAAUGACAAGUUUUUGGCUGGCUUAAGUACUGAUGGCUUCUGGGAUAUUCAAACCUUUAAUGUUAUUGAAGAAAUGCUUUAUUUUCACCAGCACAGCAUUCUUGCUUGUAAAAUUGAAAUGGUUGACUACAAAGAAGAAUAUAAUACUACACUGCCACAGUUUAUGCUAUAUGAAGACGGUAUUUAUAGUGUUAUUCAAAAAAAGGUAACAUGGUAUGAAGCAUUAAACAUGUGUUCUCAAAGUGGAGGCCAUUUGGCAAGUGUUCACGACCAAAAUGGCCGGCUCUUUCUGGAAGAUAUUGUAAAACGUGAUGGAUUUCCACUAUGGCUUGGGCUCUCCAGUCAUGAUGGAAGUGAAUCAAGUUUUGAAUGGUCUGAUGGCAGUACAUUUGACUACAUCCCAUGGAAAGGCCAAACAUCUCCUGGAAAUUGUCUUCUCUUGGAUCCAAAAGGAACUUGGAAACGUGAAAAAUGCAACUCUGUUAAGGAUGGUGCUAUUUGUUAUAAACCUACAAAACCUAAAAAGCUGUCCCAUCUUACAUAUUCAUCAAGAUGUCCUGCAGCAAAAGGGAAUGAGUCACGGUGGAUCCAGUACAAGGGUCACUGUUACACGUCUGAUCAGGCAUUGCACAGUUUUUCAGAGGCCAAAAAAUUGUGUCCAGAACGUGAUCACUCUGCAACUAUCGUUUCCAUAAAGGAUGAAGAUGAGAAUAAAUUUGUGAGCAGACUGAUGAAGGAAAAUAAUAAUAUUACCAUGAGAGUCUGGCUUGGAUUAUCUCAACAUUCUGUUGACCAGCCUUGGAGUUGGUUAGAUGGAUCAGAACUGACAUUUUUCAAAUGGGAAAAUAAAAGUAAGAGAGGUGUUGGAAAAUGUAGCAUGUUGAUAGCUUCAAAUGAAACUUGGAAAAAAGUCGAAUGUGAACAUGGCUUUGGAAGAGUUGUCUGCAAAGUGCCUCUGGGCCCUGAUUACACAGCAAUAGCUAUCUCAAUUGCCACACUAAGUAUCUUAAUUCUUGUUGGUGGACUGAUUUGGUUCCUCUUCCAAAGGCACCGUUUGCACCUGGCGGGCUUCUCAUCAGUUCGAUAUGCACAAGGAGUGAAUGAAGAUGAGAUUAUGCUUCCUUCUUUCCAAGGAAAGAAUUUAGAAGACUAAAUUAUUCUAAAAGUUUGCUAAUUUGCACUAAUGUGUUAAGAAAAAUUAGUCACUUAAAAUGUGCCCAGUGUCAGUAUUUACUCUGCUCCAAAGUAGAACUCUUAAGUACUUUUUCAUUUGUUUAGAUCUUAAGCAUGUGCUGGUAUGCAUAGUUAAUUGCCUGCUAAAUGUCAUGUUUAUCAUACUAAUUAACAGAAUGGAGAGGACUCCAAAGCUGGACUGAAGUCCAAAUUGUAAAGUAAUAUGUUUAAUGUGCAUUUUCUCUCUUUUAAUGUGUUUGGUAACUAGGAUAUGUAUAUUUUAAUAGAAUUUUUAACAAAACUUCUUAGAAAAUUAAAAUAGGCAUAUUACUAGGUGACACACCUACUUUUUAAUUUUUAAGAGCAUCUGGCCAAAUGCAGAAUUAGUACCUCAAAGUAAAAAUCUAACUGUAAAUUGCAUCAACAUUGUUUCAAAAUAGUCAUUUUUAGCAUUGGGGGAAAAAUAAGACAUGCUUACUUUUUUAUUUUUAUUUUUUUGAGAUUUGAGUCUCUCAAAUCUCAGACUGGAGUGCAAUGGCAUAAUCUUGGCUCACUGCAAUCUCCGCCUCCUGGGUACAAGCACUUCUCCUGCCUCAGCCUCCUGAGUAGCUGGGGUUACAGGCGUCCAUUUUGGCCAAGCUGGUCUUGAACUCCUGAUCUCAGGUGAUCUGCCUGCCUUGGCCUCCUAAAGUGCUGGGAUUACAGGCAUGAGCCACCGCGCUUGGCCUCUGCUUACUUUUUAUACAGCAAAAUGAUUCCUCUUGGCAAAAUGCUUCUUUUAUUAUUCCAAAGUUAUUUCAUACCAAUAUUAUGUAAAUAUGAAGAGUUAUUUUCUGUUUAUAAUUGUUCAUAAAACAAUGACUUUUAAAGAUUUAGUACUUAACAUUUUCUGAAGUUUGGGAACAUUAUUUUUAGAUUGAGUAGUUACCCUGUAGCAGUGUGCUUUGUAUUUUCUGAGGUAUUACAUCUGACUGUUUCUUUUGUAAAGGGAAUCAACUAGGUAUAAGACUAACAAUUUUAUAAUUUAUGUACUUCACAUAGCAUGUCAACUUUUGACUAAGAAUUUUGUUUUACUUUUUCACAUGUUAUAAACAGAGGAAGGGUCCAUGAAGGAAAGUAUAUGAGUUACAUUUGUAAAAAUGAGAAUUUUUCAGUGAAACUCUAAACCUUGUGAUGACUACUAAAAGAUUUAAAAUUAUGAGUGAUUAAGAAAACAUUGCUUUGUGGUUAUCACUUCAAGUUUUGACACCUAGAUUAUAUUCUUAGUGAUAGCAUCCACUGGAAAAGGUGAAUAUUUUAUUCAGCAUUUAACUUACAUUUGUACUUUAGAGUAUUUUUGUAUAAAAUCCAUAGAUUUAUUUUUACGUUUAGAACAUUUACACUAUGAUAAAGUUGUAAAUAAUUUUCUAAGACAGCUUUUAAUAUAGUCUACCAUUGUCCUGAUUUCUUACUGAAUUUGUUAAACUAGUUUUCUUGUCCUAUGAUCUGUAUACAAUUUUAGUCAUUAAGAUUUUCUUCAAAGAACUAAGCCAACUUGAUGUGAAAAGCACAGCUGUAUAUAAUGGUGAUGUCAUAAUAAAGUUGCUUUAUCUUUUAAGU